UGAAAGUUCGUUGACGGGAUUAGUUUAUGUUCUCUCUUAAAUCUUCGUGUCUCUUAAACAUUGAAUAGCUCAGUCUCACUUUUACUAAAUAUUUUGUUCAGAUCUACGUAAUGUUGUACUACACUGCGAUCUCGUACGAGAGUAUUAUUCUGGCCGAUUGUACGGUGGGCAAUGAGGAGACUCUGAUGGCAGUGGCCUCACAACACCUGCUCGGGAUACUAGCCAGACAGAGCACAGUUGGAACUGCCAAGGACUCAAGAGUAUGUGGAGAUUACCGUAUGCACUGCUUGAUCAAAGACAGCAUCAUAGUCAUUACAAUCACAGACUCGUCUUACUCUGUUGAGCAGUCCUACAAAUUCUUGGAAGAGGUUCUCAGAAGAUUCAAUGCAUCAGACAGUCUUGUCGCCAGAAGUCAAAGUGCAUCAGAACUUCAAUUAAAUUAUGAAUUCAGACCAGUCCUCAAAAAACUCAUGACGGAGUACGGUCGGUCAAGUGGGAGUGUGAGUGCAGUGAAUGAAAAAGUGCAGGAGGUGAAGAAUGUGAUGCUGGACAACAUAGACAAGGCCAUAGAGAGGGGGGACAGACUGGAGACACUGGAGGAAAGGACCACACAACUCAAUCACGAGUCGCAGUCAUUCCGCCAGACGAGCCGGAGGGUGCGACAGCAUUUUUUCUGGAAAAACAUCAAACUCUGGGUCGCCAUCAUUACAGUUCUCAUUGUCAUCAUUCUGUUCGCUGUCGUGUUCGGAGUUUGUCACCCAGACUUCUCAAACUGUGGAAACAACUGAACCCAAAAGGUUGACUUGGACGUUUAUAGCAAUCGAAAUUUUAAAAUCCUCUUGACAUAAACAUAAGUGGAUCUCUUUAACCCUCCCCCAAAGGUGUCUGGGUCAAAAUCAGUUCAUCUUAUCCUACUUCUUUCAUGGACGCUUCUGAAUG